GCGCCGGAAGUGCCCCGGCCGCCGAGCGAGCACAGCGGGCGCCCAGCGGCCCGGCUGGCGAGAAGGCCCUCUCUGCUCCUGGGCCCGGCAGGGGCUGCCUGGAGCGGGCGGCAGCGGCGCCGCAGCCCCGGGCCCGCUCCGAGACACGGCGCGGCCCACGCGGGCGGCGGCUCCCUGGGAGAGGAACGGGUGGGGAGCAGGACGCAAGGAGGCCGCGCAGAGGCCAGGCGGCGCGCUCGCAGGCCCUGAGGUCUGGGCGUCGGCACUGCACCCACAUGGCCUCCGGAGUGGGCGCGGCCUUCGAGGAGCUGCCACACGACGGCACGUGUGACGAGUGCGAGCCGGACGAGGCCCCCGGCGCCCAGGAAGUGUGCCGGGAAUGCGGCUUCUGCUACUGCCGCCGCCACGCAGAGGCGCACAGGCAGAAGUUCCCGGGGCACCGCCUGGCCGAGUACGUCCAUGGCUCCGCCCAGGCCUGGACCUCGGGCGGCCCGGGGGAGAGCGAAGGGAAGGAGGACGUCGAGGCGAAGGCGGAGAACCAGAGAGACGUAGAGGUCGAGAUGGGGGAGGAAAGCGAGUCCCAGGAAGACAGUGAGUCUGAAGAAGAGAGCGAGACCGAGGAAGAGAGCGAGGAGGAGAGCGACGAGGAGAGUGAAGAAGACAGUGAGGAAGAAAUGGAGGAUGAGCAAGAGAGCGAGGCGGAGGAAGACAACCAUGAAGAUGGAGAAUCGGAGGCUGAGGGAGAAACUGAGGCAGAAAGCGAAUUUGACCCAGAAAUAGAAAUGGAAGCGGAGAGGGUGGCCAAGAGGAAGUGUCCGGACCAUGGGCUCGAUUUGAGCACCUAUUGCCAGGAAGAUAAGCAGCUCAUCUGUGUCCUGUGUCCAGUCAUCGGGGCUCACCAGAGCCACCAACUCUCCACUCUAGACGAAGCCUUUGAAGAACUGAGAAGCAAAGACUCAGGCGGAUUAAAGGCAGCUAUGAUAGAGCUGGUGGAAAGGUUAAAGUUCAAGAGCUCAGACCCUAAAGUAACUCGGGAGCAGAUGAAGGUGUUUAUACAGCAGGAAUUUAAGAAGGUUCAGAAAGUGAUUGCUUAUGAGGAGCAGAAGGCCCUUCAUCUAGUGGACAUCCAGGAAGCAAUGGCCACAGCUCAUGUGACUGAGAUCCUGGCAGACAUCCAGUCCCACAUGGACAGGUUGAUGACUCAGAUGGCCCAAGCCAAGGAGCAACUUGAUACCUCUAAUGAAGCAGCUGAGCCAAAGGCAGAGGGCGACGAGGAAGGACCCAGGAAAUCGGGGGGAUUUCACAGAUGUUGACCCAUCCAAGCCAGUGACCUGAACAGAGCCAUACAACAUGGCGCCGGUGAAGAAGAGGACACUUGAAGGCUUGCCAUCCCCAGUGGAACAUCCUUCCUUCCCCUGUGUGUAUGUGACGGCGUGUGUGUAACGGCUUCUGAUGUCUGUGAAAGCUGCCCAGCAACAUACGUCCUUCCACCGGAUCCGUCCCCAGCUCCACAGCAGGCACCUGUUUCUCCCAGGGAUGACCCUUUUAUGCUCACUGACUGUGUGCUUCUCAUUCUCAGUCCUGGUAGGUCAAGGAAGAGUGCCCCUUCGAUCAGUCAGCCAGGAGCAAUUAAGAAGGGUCCUUGCGGAAUCCCUGAGUGGCUGCUUUGAACUUACUCAGGAAAGUCAGCCCCUGUACUAUUGUACCCCCAAACAGUAGCUCCUCAUUAGGAAGGAUCUGGAAUAACCUUGAAGGGCAGUCAGAAUUGUUUCCCCUAAAUGCUAAUUUUUCAUUCAUACUGAAGCAUGCAGUAACUGCUGGCAAAGUGGGGCCGCACCCAGUAGAUAGUCUCUCACGUCCAGUUAUGCAUCUGUGAAAAUGUGUUUCAUGAAGGAAGGUGGAUGGCUUGAAAACAGGGUUGGAGAAAGAGUUCAGAUUUAGAAAUAUAGAGAGAUAUUUUUAGUACACGAGGUUAUCCAGGACUUGAGAUUCAUAAUUCAGUGCCGUGGAAAUGAAAAAAAUGAUUGAAGAGGCAGAAAGGCAAUGACCCUUAAAAGAGAGGACCAAAGACAUCUGAUUAAAAGUUGGAGUCAGAAUUUCUGAACUCAAAUUGCCUGAGUCUCCAAAAGAAUCACUAAAAGAUCUGAUGGAACCUGAAUUAUCUGGGUGAAUUCUGCAGGGUUUAUGGAUCUUCUGUCACGUGAAAGGCUGGAAUGUAUGUUACCAAAUGGGAAUUUUCAGUGUAGGUUAGCGCUCCCCUCUGUCCCCCAGCCCAGCCUAAUCUGGCUUAAAUGCAAUGUGGGAGAAUUCUUGUCACUGUGGUGUGCUGAAGCAAGCUCCAAGCCCCAUCUGCUCCAGCUGGAACCCCUCUUCCCUUGGUGCUCCCCACCAACGAACCUUCACAUCAUCCCCCGCCCUGCUCUCUGCUCUGCAGUAACGUGAGCAAAGACGCCUUGUGGUUGGACUUCCGGCCUUUCCCCACCCCCGGGUCACGUUCCCUGACAACCAAGUAGUUCAUGCUCAAAUGGGCAGCGAUGUCCUAGAGAAUACGAAACUGCAAGCUAAAUAGCCCGCGUCUUCUGAAGCAUAGGCUUCACUUAACACAUGGUUUGGCAUCAAGGGAUGACCUUAUUUUUAGAUAAGACAAACACAGUUCCAUUAUGAAAUAGAAUGUUCAUGCACAUAAACUUAGUGAAGAUAAAAUGGGAGGUUUCGCAGGUCAUUGUGAUUUGCAGGUGGGGUGUGUGCUCCCCCUCGACUGCCUUUAUGGUCUUGCUGUUGGUUUCUGAGAAGUACAGUUGGAACCGUAUCCGAGCAGCCUUGGCGUUGCUGCUGACUCAGGGCCUAGACUUCUAGUGGCUGUGGCAGAGCCAAAGGAGCCUGCACGGGGGGAAACCCCUCUGCCUGCCUGCCUGGCUGCCUGUGACCUGUGUACCGAGCACAGAGCUUUCGGGCCAGAUGGGAGUGUGUGCAGAAGGAAGCACUUCCUUCCUGUAGAAUCCUAUUUAUAUCAUUGUUCAGUGCUGUGCAUGCUGUGAAUUGACUAUUCCUUUGAUGCCACGAAGCUACCGAGCAUACAUACUUCUGGGGUAGGAUUAUCUGAGCUCACUAAAUAUGUCAGGACUUACAGAUUUGAGAAGAGUUUGGGCUUUAAAAAAAAAAAAAGAUACUUUUCUCUCAGACUGGUGGCCAACAAAUGGCUAAGACAAUUUCAGUGCUUUACCCAUCUGCCCUCACAGGCUAGAGAACUUGGCACACCACUCAUUACAACCCCCAGCCAUAUCCAUCAGCACUACCCAAAGAAGGACCAAUGACCACUCUUCAGAGAGUUUAAAAAUCAGAAGAGUAAGGAGACUUUAGGAUUUGGAAGCUUGUGUCACCUUUCCCAAAUACUUAGUUUUUAUUCUCUAAAUAGUAGCUUUAUCUUAGCAGUGAACAGAUCAUUGGCCUCUCCACACCUGGUCAUAUGUUAGUACUUUGGGAAACCCAAGCAGGUAUGCAAUGGGUAUGAACGGAAAUAUAAAAAUACCUGCCAGCCUGUCUCAGUAAAUUAUCCUAUCUCUGUGAUCCUCCAGGAAAGCGCUUUUGCUUUCAGUUAGAAAGGAUUUCAGCUUUGCUUUAUGGGCUCCUGCUGUCUUCAGCACCUGAUAAAACUUUAACCAGUGAAGCAUUAAGCCCCGUGCAGCAGCGUCUGCCCAGCCUCCUGAGUUCCUGCCGGCAGCAUUUAUCAAUGUAAGAGCUGGGAUGCUUCCUGCGGAGGCACCAGCCUCCCCCAGAGCCGGAGCGUGCUGCUCAGCCUUACGCCCCAGCAGGGUGAGCCUUCCCUCCUGCCAGGUCAGUAAAAGGCAGAGUGCUGAAUCCUGCCCUGACUGGAUGCAGGCUGCAGGCUUUGCCUCGACUCCCGAGGGCGGCGGCUACUGAAUGUCUGCAGAACGAAUUGGGUCCUAACACCAACCCCUGGCUGCCUUCCAGAUACUGGGUGCCUGGAGGCUGAGAGGGCCUUUGUCCUUCUGAUUUGAUGGCAUUCAAACCAGGGCAGUUCCAAGAAGUGCUUGGAGUCUCAGCUCCGACGGCCCGGAAGGGAAGCGGCCUGUGUUGGAACUAACUGUGAGCCAGGCCCUGUAGUAGGCCCCCAUCGCAGAUGAUAAAACAGACCUGGCCUGGAAGGGCCUCCUGCCUUGAGUUACACAGCUAGCAAACCCUGGAGUCAGAUUUUGAACCCAGCUCUCCUUAGCUUCGUGUCCCUGGUACAUCUAAAGUACAGAGGGGGAAAAAAGGCUUCAGUUUCUGACCAGCCCACUUCAUGAAUUCUUUCCCAACGUUUUGUGGCUGUAGUUUGGGCUCAGAAAUGGCAUCAAGCAGCCUUCUUCAUCCACUUUAGCGAUGCGUUAAGUACACAUUGCUAACAUAAGCCUGGCCCCAGGAAUUGGGGGAGACGUUCCUUUUUGGUGCCACCCCCCAUAAGUAAAGCGUUUCUAGGCCGUCAAGAGUAUAGAACUUCUCAGAAAUGGUACAAUUGAACGGUAUCUGCUCUCUAACUAUAUUUGACACUGUCUUCUGCUGUACUGCUGGAGCACAGGAAAUCUUCAGUAAACCUAGCCAGGCCUGUGCGCUGUGAGGAUGUGGUAACUCAGAGUCCAGUGAAUGUAGACUUUCCUGCUGAUACCUGAUACAUGUAUGUGUAUGUAUACACACACGUAUGAUAUGCGUAUAUGUAUGUGUGUAAAGACAUGCACACAUAUGCUUUAAGAACUGCGGACCUUUCAAAGCAGCCUCCUCAUUACCUUGUAUACCCCCGCAAAGGUUUCUGUCAGCCCUGAUUACAAGUGUCACCAGAUAAUUGGAGCUUAGGUGCUUACUUAUACGAUGCUAGCAAGAAGAGAAACUCCUUGGUAAAUGUUGUCAGCUACUAAAGCAUUGAGCCAAGGUGACAUCCCUGAAGGAAACUGCACUCCAGCCCUCUCCACGUUGUCUAAUGAUAGGGGAAAUUUGGAGAUCCAGCCAUUUUGGUGACCACAGAGCCUGACCGCUCGUCAGGCCCGAGGGCACAGCUGCAGAAUUCACAUCCCCCACCUAGAAAAUACUCCCUACACUCACAUAAUGGCUGUUCAAUACAUGCUUUUCAAGAAGAAAAUCAGUUGCAAAGUUGCCCGUGUGCCUAGCACGUCUGGAAUUCUCUCUUUAAAAAACAAAUCUCAUUAUGGAUGGACUCAGCCCAGCCCUAAGAAAAAAAGGCGGCCCAUAGAGGAAACUUGACUCUCACUCAUUUUGCCUUUACCCAACAGUGUUCCUGAAGCCCCUACCCCAACCCAUUCCACGUGCCAUAAGGCCCAGGCGGGAAUGCGUCCGGGGGCCUGCCAGGUAAAACAGUAACAUUUGGGACUGAGAUCACCCCGGAAACAGCAAAACAAGCCUCAGAGCAGGAAAAUGAAAAUAAAUUAAGACAGUCGUGAGCAUCCCGGUGCAAAAAAAUGCCACAGAGCCCAUUCUGGUCUCGAUAUGACCUUGAGGGGACAGUAGAUUUAUACUUAAUGGGAGUUACAUCUGAGUAGUCUUUCCACAGUGACAGGCCACACCACGUGGGUGGGGAGAACCAACCAGCCCACUGUCCUCUGCCUGCUCUCCUGUGCAGUCACAUCCCCUCCUUCGUCAUCGUCCCCCUUUCCCUUCACAUUAAACAAGGGAACACUCAGUCUUUCAAGGGAACUGCGCAUUUGAGUUAAUGUUUCAGUAUAUCAUUUUCAUACUGUAAAUUAUUUUGUAAGAGAGAUUUACCGCUAUCCCAGGAUGUUUGGACUCAGCGCCCCUGUGCAUUUGGAAAUCAAUAAACUAUUACUGGAAAUACCA